AUGAAGUCCACCUGGUUCUUGGCCGACAUGGCCCGGCCCCUGACGAUUGUGUUGGCUAGCGAGUCGCCGCGAAGGCUGGAGCUCCUGAAACAAGUGGUACGUUAUUUUUAUGACUGAUAUUGGCAAAAAUUGAAAAAAACUUAUUCAAUUUUUUAAAAACUGCAAUAAAUUUUAAAAAAUCAUUUUCUAUCACAAUUUUCCGCUAAAAAAUGACAAAUCAUAAUGACAAAACUGAUUUUAGGGCCUCAACCCAAUCGUAUGUCCAUCUGGAUUCGAUGAAGUCUUAAAUGAAGUCUUAACGCCUCGAGAUUUCGUGGAAAAAUGCUCGUUUGAAAAGGCCAAAUCGGUAAAACAAAGCUGGAUCGAACAGAAAGUAAGUGGUAAACUUUUAAAUUUGGGGUUGUUAAUAUAGAAAAAACUUUAAAUUUGGAUCGUUAGUAUACAAACUGAUAAUUUAAAGACAAUGUAUUAAGUUUCUCAAAUCAUUCUGUGCCCUUUUUGAAAGCAAAUUUCCGGGGUUAGGGGCACAGAAUUAUUUUAACAACCUUAUAAAUCCAAUUUUACAGCAAAAAAAAUAAAAAAACAUGGAAUUGGCCAAAAAUCACAAAAAUUGAUAAAAAUGUUUUUUUCAGAAACCAUUUGACAUUGUGCUUGGAAGUGACACAAUCAUCGAAAUCGAUGGAUUAAUUUUGGGAAAACCCAAAGACGACCAGGAAGCCAUGGAAGUCCUCAAAAAGUAAGAAAAGUCACAUUUUUAAAGGUUUUAAACAAGAAAAAUGACGUUUCAAACGGUUUUUAGGACUAAAAAAAGCUCAGACUUAUUGCACAGUGUAAUUUAGUACCUUUCUACAUAAUUUACUGUCGAAAAUCUGAAAGACUAGAGAAAAGUAAGAAAGAAGUCAAGUAUAGUGUUUAGGCUAAGCGGCCGAACCCACUUGUGCCUAACUGGAGUGUCAUUACAAACCCCAACCAAGGACAGGACUUUUGUGGUCGAAACGAAAGUUCGCUUCAAAGAGCUGCCCGAUUCCCUCAUCAAAGCCUACAUUCAAACACAGGAGCAUGUGUGAGUUUGUAUCAAACGUGGCCUUGUACAUAAACAGUACUAUUUAUAACACACGCAUAUUUAAAAAAAUUUCAGUGGCCGCGCGGGAAGUUACAGUAUCCAAGGGAAGGCCGCGGUUUUCGUCGACGGAAUCGAAGGCUGCUACAAUAACGUGGUCGGAUUACCAGUGAGUAAAGUGGUGCAGGAAAUGGCCGAAUUAAUUGAAUGA